CCUUCUCAUUUUCCAUCAUGCACUGCUAACCCCUCAGCCGCCAAGCUGCUCCCUGCAUGUCCCAACGGCCCGAUCGCCUUGGUGCUGUGGCCUUGGCUUGGCGCUAUCCGAGUCAGCCCUGGCGAAAAAAAGCUCUCGUCGCCACAUCUGGUUUGGCACGGUGCUUGUCCAUCAUAGCAUCAUCAGCCUCCAUAGGAUUCUCCAUCGCCGUGGAGCCGCGAGCCCUGGAAAGCCUUCCAGGGUGGUCGAUGAAGACCCUGAAAAGUCUGCAGAGGGUUUUGCUACCAUGAUGUCAGGGAGGCCAUCAUGUCUUUAUCAUCUACCCAACAUGGUGGGCACCCUGGUUUUGUCCAACCAUCUGCCGUCCGUGUAAAUCGGCAUUCAUGACAUCAGCCUUCCCUCAGCUUUCUUCUUGGAGAACACCAAUGCCGUUCGCUUUGUUGUUUCCCUCGCCGUCUCCAGCAGAAAACAGCUCACUAGAAAUAUCCCCCUAAAAUCAAGCGAAAUACCCGGAAUACCGGCAAAAUCACCAAGAAACCGCAAAAAUGCCGGCUUCUCUAUCCAACAAGAAGUUCAAGCUGAACAACGGCGUUGAGAUACCCGCCGUCGGGUUCGGGACCUUUGCGCCGUCAGAGUCGUCGCCCGACGGCUCCUACCGGGCCAGCAAGGCGGCGCUCGAGGCGGGUUACAGGCACCUCGACUGUGCCUGGUUCUACCAGAACGAGGCCGAGAUCGGGCGGGCGAUCCGCGACUUCCUGGCCGAGAACACGUCGGUGUCGCGAUCGGACCUGUUCGUGUGCACAAAGGUGUGGAACCACCUGCACGCGCCCGAGGACGUGGCCUGGUCGCUGCAGAGCUCGCUCGACGCGCUCGGGCUCGACUACGUGGACCUGUUCCUGGUGCACUGGCCCGUCGCGGCCGAGCGCGACGAGCACCACCAGCCGCGGCUCGGCCCGGACGGCAAGUACGUCAUCGACAGGGCCCUGACCGAGGACCCGGAGCCGACGUGGCGGGCCAUGGAGCGGCUGCAGCGGAGCGGCAAGGCGCGCGCCAUCGGCGUGUCCAACUGGACGGUGGCCGGGCUGCGCCGGCUGCUGGCGGUCGCCGAGAUCCCGCCGGCCGUCAACCAGGUCGAGAUCCACCCGUACCUGCCCAACGAGGAGCUGGUCGCCUUCUGCCAGGCGAGCGGCGUCCUGCCCGCGGCCUACUCGCCGCUCGGGUCGCAGGACCAGGUGCCGACGACGGGCGAGCGCGUGCGCGACGACCCGGCGCUCAACGACAUCGCGCGCCGCAGCGGCCUGUCGCUCGCCCAGCUGUUGCUCGGCUGGGGCGUCCGCCGCGGCUACGUCGUGCUGCCCAAGAGCAGCACCCCGGCUCGCAUCGCGUCCAACCUCGAGGUGCCCGCGCUCUCGGACGCCGACUACGGGGACGUGUGGAAGGUGGCGCGGGGCCGCAAGCCGACCAGGUUCGUCAACAUGAAGGACACAUUUGGGUACAACGUCUGGCCCGAGGAGGCGUGA